AUGUUACUGUCCAGAGCGACUCGAACGCGACUACGAAUGACCUUGUCAUCAUGCCUACGGACAAGAGCCAAGAAUUCAUAUUCAACCAAGGGCUCCAGCUCAGGCUUAGAUUCAUUCUCAAGCUUGAUGAGAUACAUGACGAUUGCUGGUGUAUUCAGUACACCAGCCCUUUGGUGGUUAGUAACUACUCGCGAUGAUACGAUUCGUGACAAUGCACCAGAAAUUGAAACCCCUCCAGCUGAGCACUGGACCGUUGAGCCCGGUCCUUCUAGGGACCAAGUGACACGCAUUCUCUCCCAAGGAGAAUAUUCAUUCCGGGUCAGAAACAUUGCCGGCGUCAACAGAUAUGAUGGUGCUCAAUUAGCUUCCAAUAGCCCGUGCGAGGAUCAGUUCACCCACGGCAAACUUCCUUCGCCUUGGAAAGGAGUUAACAAAUGGAUGGCAUGGGGUGUUUUUGACGGUCAUUCAGGCGUGCAAACAUCAGAACUGCUUAAAAGUCACCUUCUACCCUUUGUCCAAUAUAGCUUGAGUCAAAUUAAACCAACCUCGCCUGAAGACCUUGUACCGGAUCAUUUGGUACAGCACGCUAUUAUGAAGGAUUUUAUGAAACUCGAUGAUUCAAUUAUCAAAACAGCUCAGGCUAUAUCUGAGAGUGAAGAAUCGUUGCAAGAGAAAAUAAAGAAACUGGCCCCUGCUUAUUCCAGCUCAUGCGCUUUGCUCUCUAUGUACGAUUCUGCUACCAGCACAUUACAUGUGGCGUGUACCGGUGAUUCAAGGGCAGUUUUGGGACAACAGAGGCCAGAUGGCAGGCGGGAAGCAAUACCAUUGUCAGUAGAUCAAACUGGCAAAAACAAAGAAGAAAUUGCUAGGCUUCACAAAGAGCACCCUGAUGAAGAACUCGAAGACAUGAUCAAAAAAGGACGAGUUCUUGGGAUGGCAGUGUCACGAGCCUUUGGCGAUCGCCAGUGGAAGUGGCCUAUUGAAUUCCAGAAGGAUAUACAACGGAGAUUCUAUGGUCCACCACCUCUAGUACCCACAUACAAUGUUCGAACGCCACCCUAUCUCACAGCUGAACCGGUUGUGACAAGCACCAAAAUUGAUCACUCGAAGCCUUGUUUCCUAAUCAUGGCACCGGAUGGCUUGUGGGAUGUGAUCUCCAGUCAGCAGGCAGUCAAUCUAGUGGGGAAAUGGCUGAAAUUGAAAGAAUCUCAUAAGAUGGACAAUGACAGCGAAUUGGAGCCAACAUAUGAACCGUUUGAUUUCGGCCACUUCUGGAAGGAGUAA